AUGGCAAUGACUACUGCAUCCUCUUUCUCAUACGACAAUGACUUUGGCGCUCCCUUUUUGCAUCAUGCUAUUGCGAAAAACAGAGCGACGGGAGAGCGACUCCCGAUCUUCCAUCCGGCAGAUCUGACGUCUGAAAAUACGUCAACGGAGAUUUUCGUGUGCGAGGACAAGACUGGUGAAGGUGAACUACUAUCAUUCUAA